GGUUCUGAUCACUGCCCCGCUGUUAUGUAAGAUGCUAACAUUUAGAGAAGCUGGGCAAAGGGUUACAGGAAUUUUAUCUUGCAACAUUUUAGAAAGUCUGAGAUUAUUCAAUCCAAAUGAAAAGUUUGUUUUCAAAAGAGAGAAGUUGGAAUGUGCAGCGAGCCAGCCGCUUGGGGCUCUCUGGCCGUCCCAGCUGUGCAACCCUGGGCUCCACUCCCCCGCCUCGAGUGGGAGGCGUCGAGGCGUCGCGGCAGAGCUCGGAGCUCCGCACUCCCGACAAGCGCCGCCCCCGGUCCGCUCUCAGCGCCGAGCAGUCAUGCCCCAGGCAGCGCUGUCCACGCUCCUGCUGCUGAGCCUCGCCACUGCCACCAUCGCGGACUGUCCUUCAUCCACCUGGGUUCAGUUCCAAGGCAGCUGUUACACUUUUCUUCAAGUAACCAUCAACGUGGAAACCAUAGAAGAUGUCCGAAAUCAGUGUAUUGACCAUGGAGCAGACAUGAUAAGUAUACACAAUGAGGAAGAAAAUGCUUUUAUCCUGGACACGUUACAAAAGCAAUGGAAAGGCCCGGAUGAUCUCCUGCUAGGCAUGUUUUACGACACUGAUGAUGCAAGUUUCAAGUGGUUUGAUAAUUCAAAUAUGACAUUUGACAAGUGGGCAGAUCAAGAUGGUGAGGACCUAGUUGACACCUGUGGUUUUCUGUACACCAAGACAGGUGAAUGGAAGAAAGGGAAUUGUGAAAUUUCUUCUGUGGAGGGAACACUUUGCAAAGCUGCUAUCCCAUAUGACAAGAAAUAUUUAUCAGAUAACCACAUUUUAAUAUCAACUCUGGUAAUUGCUAGCACAGUAAUUCUCACAGUUUUGGGAGCAAUCAUUUGGUUCCUCUAUAAAAGGAAUGCUUGCUCGGGCUUCACCAUUUUUUCAACUGCACCACAAUCACCUUACAAUGAUGGCUGUGCUUUGGUAGUUGCAGAAGAUGAGUAUGCUGUUCAACUGGACUGAGACUUUGAUACUAUCAAACCAGCAUAUCAAACACAUUGACAAUGAUUUCUGGUGCAAAGUUUUCAUAUAAAAACUGUCAUAGAAAACAGAAGCUUUUAUGAUAUUCCUUAUUCUCAUAUUUUCAUGUACUCACUGUGAGAAAUAAUUUGGUUCAUUUAAAACAAAAGAGCAGGUUUUUGACAAGGAAGAACUGUAGAUCUAACAAGUUUUCUUGAGUAAUUUUCAUCUAAGUAAAUGUAACCUCUAUGUACAAUAAAGCUGAUAAAAUGCC